GUAGGUUGUAGUCUCCAAGUUUUUCAACGAAGUCACAAGUUUCAGGGCGCCCUUGCAUCUUCCUUCCAGGCCUGUUACUGAUUCACGAGCCGAUUGCAUGCAGCUCAGCUGCUUUAGGAGGAGCUUUGCUUGAAUUACAGGGCCACUAAAUUGAGAUCAGGUGCAUUGGACGCUUCCUCGCUAGCUGGUGCUGGUGGUGGUGCAAAGUUUUUCUAUGAAGCUAGACUGAGUGGUGUGUGUUGCUACUCGAAUUGAGUUCCUUGUGGAAAGAUUGGGGAGUACUCUCAACCAUGGCAGCUGCCACCACCUCCCCCAUCUUCACCACUAGAUUGCAACCACACCCAAAUUUGAAACCUCGGCAGCUGCCCCAAUCCAGCCCCACAAGCUGCUUCUGCACAGUCCCCUCCAAUCUGCUGCAUCACCAGAGGGCGCGUCUUAGAGGAACACAACAUGAGCUGCAUCAUUUGAGUCCAGGUGAAAGGCGUUCUCGAGGGGGGGCGAUCGGCGCAGUCAUGAUGGGGAAUCCAGCGGCGGGCGUCCAUGAAAAAGAACGCACAAAGCCCCUCUCUCACGUCAUUGAGGCGCAGCAAUUUGACCGGGAGCUUCUUGCAAAGCUGUUUGACGUCACAAGGGAGAUGGAAAACGUGAAGAGGGGCUCUCCAGACGCUGAAGCGCUCAAGGGGUACAUUAUGGCGACUAUGUUCUACGAGCCUUCCACCAGGACGCGGCUCUCAUUUGAGUCAGCGAUGAGCAGAUUAGGGGGCUUUGUCCUCACCACUGAGAACGCAAGAGAGUUCUCCUCAGCAUCUAAAGGAGAGACGCUCGAAGAUACCAUCCGCACUGUGGAGGGUUACUCUGAUAUCGUUGUUCUGAGGCACUUUGAGAGCGGGGCGGCGAAGAAGGCCGCGUCGGUGGCACAGAUCCCUGUCAUCAAUGCUGGAGAUGGGCCGGGGCAGCAUCCCACGCAGGCGCUCCUUGACACGUACACCAUCCAACGGGAGCUAGGCCGGCUAGACAAUAUCAAGGUGGGGCUGGUGGGAGAUCUGGCCAACGGACGGACGGCGCGCUCGCUGGCUUACAUGCUCAGCAAGUUUGACAACAUCAAGAUUUACUUGGUGGCGCCCGACGUCGUCAAGAUGGGGGACGACAUCAAGGAGCACUUGACCCAGAGCGGCGUCGACUGGGAGGAGAGCGACGACCUGCAGGAGGUGGCCGCCGCGUGCGACGUCGUCUACCAGACGCGCAUCCAGCGCGAGCGCUUUGGGGACCGCGUGGAGGACUAUGCGCGCGCGCGGGGCAGGUACAUUGUCAACCGGAAGAUCAUGGAUUGUAUGAAGAAGGACGCGGUCGUGCUGCACCCGCUGCCGCGACUGGACGAGAUCACCGUCGAAGUGGACUCUGACCCAAGAGCAGCGUACUUCAGGCAGGCAAAAAACGGUCUGUUCAUCCGGAUGGCCCUUCUGAAGAUGCUGCUUGUAGGCUGGUAAGGUAAGGGCCGCUCCAAGAUAGGUAGCGCAACAAGUAGGCAGCGAUGGUUGCAAGUGAGUGACGAAAGUUUGAGAUCAAGGUCUUUGCGAGCCUGUACAUGUUAACUGUCCAACUGAGUCGCCGAGCAAAGGUAAGAUUGUGUACGUAUAAGACACUCUCUCAGGUGCCAAGCUGUGGCCGCGUCUCUUUGUCCUUCACAUUCGUCUCUCCUUUAGUACUGCAGUCACUGAG